AUGGAAAGUAGUUUAUCCAUCUCUGCUAAACCAGGCUUGAAAGAGUUUAGCUUCAACUCCACUAUACGAGGCCUUAUUACGACGGAAGGAGGUCGCUAUCCACUAACCUUGCAUGGUUGUGCCCUUGACGUCACGUGCAAAGGUUACGCGACCCAAGUGAAGCUCCAGCUAGAGUACAUCAAUGAGACAGAGUGCAACAAGGCUGUAAUGGGGGCCUACCCGCUGCCCUUCGGGUGGCUUCUCCAGGAGUGUGCCGUGAUGUACGAUGGAAACGUGUCGCGAGCUGUCUACCACAGCGGUGGGAAGAAGAGUCAAAGCUAUGACGAGGUCUGCAGUUCAAUGACGAUUACCCCAUCACCAGACCUUCUUACUUUGGGCGUCGUUGCACAGUCACUACCUUUUGUUGUGCGAGUCGGGACCUCCGCGCUCAUGAAUGCCGUAUAUUGCAUUCCACAUUCACAGGGGCAUCCUGUGCGAUCUGCAUCGAGCUUUAUUCUCGAAUUGUCUUCGAUGCUGUUUCCAACCAUGCAGUGCCCCCACGACACAGUCGUAAGCUACAACCGAAUGUUCACUCUGAUCAACGCCACUCGAUAUUUGCAACAUGGUGUGAAGUUGAACGUGUCUGCAGAGCUCCCAGUGGCGCUGCGCGGCCCGGUGCGUCUGGAGCGGAUCCAUGGCUCCACAGCCGGUGGAUCGCCACUCUCAAUCCCACUCGAGUGCAAAACGGAGUACUUUGGUGACUGCGCCUUUCACCUACAAUACACAGCUCCUUUAGAGGACCUAUGCACUCCCAAUCGAUCUGCAUCUCUUCUCCUCUCGUGCGAUCUUCUAAAUACACGCGAGCCGCUGCGCAUAUUUGUGGAAAGGGAUGUGUCAAGUACCGUGGCAGACGACGAUAAGCUCGCUGUUGUCGCUUACUUCACUCCAAAUCUGUACCGUAGCCUGCCCAAUGUGGAAGUGAUAUUGGUGUGUGAUGGACACAGCCCACAGUCGUUGUUAGCUAUGGCAGAUUCCCUACACUCAUCGCUACGCACACUUCCGAACUCUGUAUAUUUCAACGUGAUCGUACUUAGCGAAGAUAAAAACAUAUGCCUCCACCCUGAUGGGGCCGUUAGGGUACAGGAAGCCAAAAUUGAAGAGACUUUGGCUCUAAUUGCCUCAACGACUCCCCAGAAACUUCAUCAAGGUGAUUGUGUGUCGCGACUACCACAGGUCCUCCAUGGGUUGUUUACACACGCCGGGUGCUUUGGUGGAGGCCCCGCCCUUGAGGGCUACCUGCGGCACAUCAUUGUGCUCUCCGAUGAAGCAGGCACCGAGUGGUUACCCACAUCCCUUUCGAUGAUUGGUGAGGCGUUAGACGCGGCGCUCCGUCAAAACGUGCGCGUCAGUGCUGUCGCCCUAACCAACAUUGCGAAGACUGCAGCAGGCGCGAAUGUGCUACAGAGCGCAUCCGGCAUGGCGACGCUACGCCUGCUUGCGGAGGAGGGUGGUGGUGCUUUCAGAGUCGCUCACGAUGCCACGGUACUUUCUCGUGCAAUUGCGCAGGUGUUCGCCGCCUGUACGGUCGAGACGCUCACAAACAUACAAGUUGAGCUCGAGGCAGACACACCGGUGCGCCCCGCACUGCCUGUCUACCAGCAGAUGGAGAAGAAAAGCAGCACUGCAUCCUCUAUUGCUGCUGUGCCGUGCAACAACCAGCAUUUAUUGUUUUUCUUGGCUCCGGCAGACACGUCUAAGCUUUCGUUGUCCAUUACUGGGAAGGUCGGCGACAUCGUUCAUGAGUUCAGUGUGAGCUGCGACUGUGCGGUGGCCGCGGUCUGGGAAGGUCGCUCGCCGAAACAUCAGGAGAACGAGGCCAGCGACGCUGUCACCGCCCUCGACGUGGGACCACUUCAUGUAGCUACGGCAGAGUCGCGUCUUCGCUACAUCGCAUCGCUGACGUCUAGUGACCCUGAGAAUGUAAAGAAGGAAGCAAUCCGUCUUUCGGAGACCUUUUCCUUGCCUUCACUGUAUACUUCCCUCGUUUCGAGUGAUGUGUCAUUGCCGGCGACAACUGGCACCUAUCUCGUUCCACCUCAGAUUCACUACUUACGAUUCAUGGCACUACGCUCCGAUUUCAUGAUCGAGCGGUCGGCCACACCCCUAGUGCUUUCCACCGUCGUCUCCCCUUUCAAUAAUAAGGGAUACAUUGCAGGGAUGCUGCAGCAAACGUCAUCCACUGAGGAUUACAUGCGUUCGGUGGUAAACCGUAUCGUGGACUUGGUGUCAUGCAGAUCCCGGGUAAAGGAGCUGUUUACCCUGCAGUCCAGCAGCGGCGCCUUUUCUCUGAAUGACUCCUUAGGAGCACACGUGGGAAUCCCCUUGCGGCAGCUAUCAAAUGCACGUCCUGAGGCAUGCGGCUCUGAAGAGUCGUGGGCAACCCUCGUGGCGUUUGUGGCAAUGCGGGCAUCACCUUCUAGUCAGCAAGUGAUACUGUCGGAACGAGCAGCGGCCUUGUUUCUUGAUGCGAAUCACCCUGGCGGCACAUGGCGUAGCUGGAUCCCUCAAGCACGAGAGUUACUACAGUCGACUGCAACCAAUGUUGAUGAGCCAUCAGUCAGUUGUUCAACCUAG